AACUGGAAAUAAGAGGGUCUGCAUAAGUAAAUGAAAGAAAAAAAACGAUCCAGUGUGAAUCGAACAUCUCUUUGGGGGAGGAACCUCAGACGUGAGGCGUGAAGGUGAAGGAGACGAACGAGAUUGCGAUUCCUUUCCGUUACGCCGUAACUGUAAACCCUAGCUUAGAUCCUCCCCGAUUCAAGCUCAAUCCUAGCUUACAGAAGUUUAGAUCACUGACGGCGACCUAGGGUUUUCGUUUCGAGAUGUCGAGCUUUCGCGUGGGAGGGAAGGUAGUGGAGAAGGUUGACUUGUGCAGGAAGAAACGCUCGGCGUGGCGUUUGGAUGUUUGGCCGUUUGCGAUUCUGUACGCCACGUGGUUGACUACGAUCGUGCCUAGCUUAGACUUCACUGAUGCUUUGAUCGUGUUUGGUGGCCUUCUUGCUUCCCACAUCUUGGUUUUGCUUUUCACUAUGUGGUCUGUGGAUUUCAAGUGUUUUGUCCAGUUUAGCAAGGUUAACAGUAUCAGCCAGGCGGAUGCGUGUAAAGUCACACCAGCCAAGUUUUCUGGGUCUAAAGAAGUUGUGCCUCUUCAUUUUCGUAGCCAAAUGACUGGUUCGUCAUCCUCUGGAGACACGGAAGAAAUAUUCUUUGACUUCAGAAAGCAGCGUUUUAUGUACUCGAAAGAGCUGGGAGCCUUUUCCAAGCUUCCUUACCCCACAAAGGAAACAUUUGGUCAUUAUCUCAAAUGUACUGGUCAUGGUACGGAAGCUAAGGUCGCAACAGCCACUGAGAAGUGGGGAAGGAACGUAUUUGAUUAUCCGCAACCUACAUUCCAGAAGCUAUUGAAAGAAAACUGCACGGAACCAUUUUUCGUAUUUCAGGUUUUCUGUGUGGGUCUUUGGUGCUUGGAUGAAUUCUGGUAUUACAGUGUGUUCACACUAUUCAUGCUUCUCAUGUUCGAGUCAACAAUGGCAAAAAGUCGCUUGAAGACAUUAACCGACCUAAGACGUGUUAGGGUGGACAGUCAGACUGUGAUGGUUUAUCGAUGCGGGAGGUGGGCGAAGCUCUUAGGCACUGAUCUACUGCCAGGAGAUGUUGUAUCUAUUGGGAGGCCGUCUACCCACACUGGAGGGGAGGAUAAGACAGUACCAGCCGACAUGCUUUUACUUGUAGGAAGUGCUAUCGUAAAUGAAGCCAUUUUGACAGGCGAGUCAACUCCCCAGUGGAAGGUUGCAAUUGCUGGCGAGGGAUCUGAUAAGAAGUUAUCGAUCAAGAGGGAUAAAAAUCAUGUUUUAUUUGGCGGGACCAAGAUCUUACAACAUUCACCUGACAAGACAUUCCCUCUGAAAACCCCUGAUGGUGGCUGUCUAGCUGUUGUUCUCCGAACUGGAUUUGAGACAAGCCAAGGAAAGCUAAUGCGGACAAUUUUAUUUUCUACAGAGAGGGUUACUGCAAACAGCUGGGAGAGUGGUCUGUUCAUAUUAUUUCUAGUUGUGUUUGCCGUGAUAGCUGCGGGCUAUGUUCUUGUAAAGGGUCUCGAGGAUCCUACAAGGAGCAAAUAUAAGCUCUUGCUAGGCUGUUCAAUUAUCAUCACCUCAGUGAUCCCGCCAGAAUUGCCUAUGGAAUUAUCCAUUGCUGUCAACACGUCAUUACUUGCUCUUGCACGUCGUGGGAUCUUUUGCACAGAGCCUUUUAGGAUUCCUUUUGCCGGGAAGGUCGAUUUGUGCUGUUUUGAUAAGACUGGUACACUCACGUCAGAUGACAUGGAAUUUCGUGGAGUUGGGGGCUUGGCUGAUGGUGAAGAAGCAGAGACUGAUAUGAGCAAGGUUCCCGUACGCACAUUAGAGAUUUUGGCGUCGUGUCAUGCUUUAGUCUUUGUAGACAACAAGCUGGUUGGUGAUCCUCUUGAGAAGGCUGCACUUAAAGGAAUUGACUGGAGUUACAAAUCUGAUGAAAAGGCGUUGCCGAAAAGAGGAAAUGGCACCUCGGUGCAGAUAAUGCAGAGAUACCAUUUUGCUUCGCAUCUGAAGAGAAUGUCAGUUAUCGUUUGUAUUCAGCAGGAAUAUUUUGUGUUUGUGAAGGGUGCCCCAGAGACCAUCCAAGAUAGACUUGUGGAUGUGCCAGCAGCAUAUAUCGAAACAUAUAAGAGAUACACACGCCAAGGAUCUCGAGUUCUGGCCCUUGCAUUUAAACGACUUCCUGAUAUGACGGCCAGUGAAGUUAGAGACAUGGACCGAGAUGCUGUUGAGAAUGACCUUACUUUUGCUGGGUUUGCGGUCUUCAAUUGCCCCAUUAGAUCAGAUUCAGCUACCGUUCUUUUAGAGUUGAAGAAUUCAUCCCAUGACUUGGUGAUGAUUACAGGUGAUCAGGCAUUGACAGCUUGUCAUGUUGCAAGCAAAGUGCAUAUUGUAUCAAACCCAGUCUUAAUUCUUAGCCAAUCAAGGCCUGGAGCUGAAUAUAAGUGGAUGUCACCUGAUGAGAAGGAGAUCAUACCCUACAGUGACAAAGAGAUCGAAACCCUUGCUGAAACGCAUGAUUUAUGCAUUGGAGGAGACAGCAUUGAAAUGCUACAGGCUACAUCGGCUACUGUGAGAGUCAUUCCAUUUGUUAAAGUUUUUGCGAGAGUUGCUCCACAGCAGAAGGAGCUAAUCUUAACCACCUUUAAAGCGGUAGGAAGGGGAACUCUGAUGUGUGGGGACGGGACAAAUGAUGUUGGAGCAUUGAAGCAGGCCCAUGUUGGAGUUGCCUUACUGAAUACUGUCACUCCCUCGGAAUCGUCUAAAGAUGAUCCUAAGUCGAAGUCAAAAAAGCCAAAACAACCAUCAGAACCAGCUAGCAAAACCGCAAUUCAGAAUGGAGAAGGAUCGUCAAAGGCGAAGGCCCCACCCCAAAACCGCCACUUAACUGCUGCGGAAUUGCAGAGACAAAAGUUAAAGAAGAUGAUGGAUGAACUAAACAGUGACGAAGGUGAUGGCCGGUCAGCACCCGUGGUAAAACUCGGGGAUGCAUCAAUGGCAUCUCCCUUCACAGCAAAACACGCGUCGGUUGCUCCAGUGACGGACAUAAUCCGACAGGGUCGCAGUACACUAGUGACGACUCUUCAGAUGUUCAAAAUUCUCGGUCUCAACUGUCUCGCCACAGCUUAUGUACUAAGUGUUAUGUACUUGGAUGGUGUGAAGCUCGGUGAUGUCCAGGCAACAAUCAGCGGCGUAUUAACAGCUGCGUUUUUCCUCUUCAUAUCCCACGCUCGACCGCUUCAAACCCUCUCUGCAGAGCGACCCCACCCGAGUGUCUUCUCCGUGUACCUCUUCCUCUCUCUCCUUGGACAGUUCGCUGUCCACAUAACCUUCUUGAUCUACUCCGUGAAGGAAGCUGAGAAACACAUGCCCGAGGAAUGCAUCGAACCAGACGCCACGUUCCAUCCUAACCUGGUGAACACGGUGUCGUACAUGGUGAGCAUGAUGCUUCAGGUGGCGACUUUCGCUGUGAACUACAUGGGACACCCCUUUAACCAGAGUAUCAGAGAAAACAAACCUUUCUUCUACGCGCUCAUCGCUGGAGCAGGGUUCUUCACGGUGAUUGCAUCUGAUCUGUUCAGGGACCUGAACGAUUCGCUAAAGCUGGUGCCUCUGCCUGAAGGUAUGAGGGAUAAGCUUCUCCUCUGGGCUUUGCUUAUGUUCGUCAUCUGCUACUCGUGGGAGAGGUUGCUCAGGUGGGCUUUCCCUGGUAAGAUUCCUUCGUGGAAGCAUAAGCAGAGAAGUGUCACUGCGAAUCUGGAGAAGAAGAAGAAGGUAUGAUCAGAAGAGCCAGACAGGGUUAUAGGUUCAGGUAAAACAAUCAAAAAAUACAAUUUUAACUCCGAGAGAGAUGUUGGGUUUUGGGAUCUUGUUUUUGCUGAAGCUUUGAAGACAUGAGCAUAGGUCUCUCUGGUUAAGACAUUUGGUUCUCAUUUCUUAACUUUGUUUUUGGUUACUCUCUAAGAAGAAGAAGCGCACAUUUCUCAAAUACUUGAAUUAAAAUGUAAGGGGUUUACAUUAGUCUCUACCUCUUGUUCCUUGCUUCCAUUUUAUUUCGUUUCUCAGUUCUGUUUAGAGGAUCUGAAAACUUGUAUGCCUGUUUUCGAAACAUUAAAUCAGACUUGAGACCUGUUACACUGCUAGACUAAUAAAUUGAAACCAGUCAAAACGA